CAACGGAAGCCGCCGAAGGACAAACUUGCGCCAUCCGCGCGCGCGCGCCCUUGGUGUAAAUGGGAAAUGUUGCGUUGUGCUGCCACCUGCUGGACAGACUCUGAGUGGCACGGCACUGCCGGGCCCCUUUGAGUUGUGCUCAGGGAGGCAGGACCUGGAGUCACCAGGCUGCUUUUCCAGCGCAGGGCUCUCCGCCCAAGGAAGGCAAUUGCCGCCUCCUCCGAGUAGCCCUCCCUGACAUUCUUCUGGGUUAGGGACCUCCGCCGCCCGGACUCAGAGUUGGCAGCUCUGGGGGUUCUGCACACAUGCCUGCUUAGGGGUUCUCGGCCACAACGUCGGGUUCCAAUGGGCCAGAUUUCCGGAGUCUGUAGUAGAAAGUGGAGUGGAAAAGGCCUUGGGUUCAAGCCCCCGGUGCCCACCCACAGGGAGGAAGCCUCACGAGCAGUGGAGCAGAUGGCGGGCAAGGCCACAACGGGCAGCGACAUCGGGCAGGCCCGGCGCGCCGUGGAGCAGCUGCGCAUGGAGGCGGGCAUUGACCGCGUGAAGGUCUCCAAGGCAGCGGCCGAGCUGCUGCAAUUCUGCGUCGAGCAGGCCAAGAGCGACCCCUUCCUGGCGGGCAUCCCAGCCACCACCAACCCCUUCCGGGAGAAGAAGCCCUGCGCCAUCCUGUGACCGCCUC